AUGUCAUCAAGCAGUUCUCGAGAACACGAGGUGCAAGUAGUACCACCAGUAGAAAAGAACUUAGACGCACAGUCGACAGAAGAAUGCCCAAUUUCCAUGGUACCAGUCGCAACAAAAGAGGCGCAAGGUGCGAAUCAGACGAAAGAAAGUACAAACUGUCCAAUUCCCUCAGUACCGACAACAGAGAAGGAGAAGACGCAAGGCAAUACGGAGGAAACUCAGAAUACGGCAGUAACGGAGAAGUCAAAUACUUUACAGAGCAAAGAAGAAAAAACGGAUGAAAAGAUGGGGACAACAUCAGAAACAACGGAAAAGAAAUUGGAGGAAAAUAAAUCAGCAGAUAAAAGGAAACCAGAGAAGAAAAGGGAGAAAAGAAACGGUGCAGGAGAUAAUGACUCACAGGGAAUCUCUGUCCAUGCCACCUGUCAAUCAGAAGCCGGAGCGACAGCCGAAGUACCAGUCGUAAUAUUCGACUUGUCACUGACCGAGCAUACAUUAAACGUGGAGUGGACAGGCUGCCUGUACUUAUUCGAGUACGUGUCAUAUUGUGCUGACACGGAUGAGAACAAUGACAUCAUCCUAGAGACACUAGGAGACUCGGUGGACGGAGGAAAUUUUGAACAGUGCACAAGACCGACCAGGGCAGAGUCUGCAGAAUUUACCCAUACUUCAGACAGUCUGCAGAUCACUGAGGUGGUCGCACAAGAAGAAACCAACACUGACAACAUAGACAAGAACACGUACAGCCAUUACGUGUAUACAUACAAGUUAUCAUCUGAAGCUACUUUUCCCGCCAGCGAAGUUACAGUAGAUAAAAAUAGUCCUGAACCAGAUAAUACAAUCUCCGGUCUGUCAGUUGGGACAUGCUACGACUUCAGAUUCUCGCUGCUGUGUAAUAGCGAAACAGGAACUGGAACCGACCUGGAUUUGGAAGCAAUUUGCACACACAUGACGCUUGUGUCAGAGGAACCUCACAAAACAGGCCAACUUACAAUUUCUAUGAACUAUGACUCAACAUUUGCAGCUGGUCAAAAUUCAGUUGUGUACAUUGUGAAUAACUGUGGAGCAGAGGACUACACAAUCGACAUGGCCGGAAACUCUGCGGACACCCAAUUCACAAUAUCUCAACUGGCAUCAUCUGCUUUGUCUCCGGGUACUAAAUACACAGUGUGUGUGGAACUGACAGCUACGAGUGCAGGUGGAGUCAACUACGAGAUCAACACAGAUGAUUCUGGAUUCCAGUUUUGCACAAAACCCGAAAGUGUGACAACACUUGUCCUAGAAAGCGUCAGCUCUGCCUCAAUGACCUCGGCAACCGCCUCCAGUUUUGCGCCCUCAAGUGGAAGUUCAGAUUCAGUUCGACUGACAGCCACUUGCGAAACAACAAGUGUUGAGGUCGAAUCAGUAGAAGUGACAUCUGUCGACUCCACGACUACACAUGAAUUCAGUCUUUUGACCCCUGGCUGUUUUCACACUGUCACUGCAUGUGCACAAUGUCAGGGAGAUGACGACGUUGACGUCAUUUUCGGCAACUGCGACACGAAAAAAAUAUGCACUGAGCCCGAUGACUUGCCCGGUCUGACGCAGUCCAGCACAUCUUUCUCCUACUCCGGCUCGGUGACGUCAUCUUUGUCUGGAUUCGAACUGGAUAACAUCAAAGUGAUGUCGGGAGUAGCGAGCAGGGUGUCUUAUGUGGUGACGACAACGGAUGACAGCUCAAUUUGUUCUAUUGUGUCAGGCAACUGGGACGCGUCUUUUAGUACCGCUGGAAUAAGCCAGACACUAUCUGGCUUAAAAUCCGGCUGCAAGUAUUCCGUCGCACUCUCACCUAUCUGCCUGGAAACAAAUACAGCUAAUGAGGUAUCCAACAGCAAAAUGUACAUUUUUGACAAGUGUACAUCGCCUCAGGCUCCGAGCGCCUUGUCGACUGCCAACUUUGACAACGUUCUAGAAACUUCGUUUCAUGUCAUUGGACUAACGGUUCUAUCCGGAUUCCACCACGGCUUCAAGGUGGAGGUGACUAAAAAUGACCAAAGCACCCAGACUGUUGAAUUAACUAGAGCUGAUUCUGUUUACGUUGUAAGCGAUUUGGAUGUGGGUUUUCGACACACAGUUACUAUCACUGCGAGGUGUGAGAGUGGCGCAAAUGAUGUCGAAUAUGGAAACUCGAUCACGUAUCAGCAAUGCACAAAACCCUCAAUUGUUGACGUGAGUUCAGUUACCAUUUCAUCCGUUACAUCUUCGAGCUUCACUGUCAAUGGUAUAGUACCAUCCAGUGGAACCUUUAACACUAAUGUUCAAGCAACAGCCACUUGCCCUGAUGACUCAUCUUUUCAAACUGCUGACAGCGUGACCUCUUCUCCUGAAAUUGUGACGUUCACAAGUUUGGUAGCAGGAUGUAAACAUGGCAUAGUGGUUACCAAUUACUGCGAGAGUUAUGCCUCUGAAAAUAUCGCGACGGCGCCUUCACAAUGCACAAAGCCCGAAGCAGUUUCCUCUGCUUCGCGAUCCGAGCGGACAUCUUCCAGCAUCUCGGUCGGGUCAGUGGCCGUAGGAGGUAGCGGAUUCUUCAACAAGUUCUCAAUCCAGGCUUUCUUGGGCAGUGUUGAAGCGUCCACCGAAGUUUCAUCAACCUCAAGUUCGGAAACAGUGGCGAUAGAUGGUCUUGUUCCUGGCACUCGGUACAGCUUAAAAGUGUACUCAUUCUGUGACGAUGAGAAAACGGCGGGGACAGCUCAUAUCAUGGCAGACCAAUGCACAAAGCCUGCAAAUCCAGAAGGAGUUACAAUUUCAACUCGACAGCCAACCGAAGUUACCCUCCAAUGGACAAUGCCAACUAGCGAUGCAGAUAGUUUCUCAUACCAAUUCACAAAAGACGACCAGAUUCUAACUGGAGUGACAGAUACUGCCUCUCCCUACGCAUUCUCUGGAUUGAGUUCAGGCACUUGCUACCAGCUGGCGGUGGGUGCCAUCUUCAGAUGCUCAGAUGCAGAUACGGCAGUAGAUAGUGACGCGUACACUAGUGUCGAAGGGUGCACAGCUCCUGCCGACGUAACCACCUUGACGUACUCUGUAGUUUUCAACAAUAACGACGACCCUGAUCUUACAGCAACCAGUAUCAGAAUGAUAGGCGCGUGGUCUUCUGGAUACAUUGACGGGUUUCAAGUCAUAGUUCAAAGAGCCAAUAUGGCUGACCAAACCAGAACUGUGUCUCUGGGCCUGGAAACAAACUCCGGCAGCUCCCAGUUGACAGUUGAUGGACUGACUCCAGGACAGCAAUACACUCUGGAAGUCAAGGGAACCUUUAGGACAGCCACUUCAGCUAAUAUGUUUCCGACAACUUUUUCUACUUUCGGCUGCAAUCCUGGCAACUGCGAGGCAUUCGCCCCAGACGACUACAGAUGCACGGCCGGCUUCCUAGUCAACGAGCAGAGUGGAAACUGCGAAAAACAUUGUACCGCAACAAACGAUCCGAAUUGUCUCGAUUCUUCCGACCCCACUCUGCAAUGUUCCGACUCAUCCACUACAUGUAACUGUGCACUAAUGCAUCAAGUGAGCUCAGACGGUUCCUGCAUUGCUAAUGUGUGCUCGUCUGAUGAUGGGAACUGUUUGUGUGCGAAUCAGUUUGAUGUGUCGCUAUGUGGGUGUUUAGCAGGAUACGUGAUCCAUCCUGCAGACGGACUGUGUUCAGAACAGUGUUCGCCCCUGCAGCCCCACUGUAAAGACCAGACAGUAGAGGGCGUCAUCUGUGACGUGGAUGACGUCACGUGCAGGUGUGAACACACCCAUUUCCCCCAUCUGGUCACUGGGUCCACUGCUGCUGAGACAUACGUCAAGUGUCAGGCCCUGGAGACCAAUUCAACACACACUCUCUGCAUUCCUUCAUCUUCUAACGGAGCCUGCGUCUGUACGAGUCCAACUGACGUGACCACCUGUACUUGUGAGACAGGAUACACCAACCAAGUAGACAAUUUGGCCCAGUGUGUUGGAAUUCAGUGCGUAAUUAGUGACACCAACUGUAUCUGCAAAGACGUGAACGAACCCACUUCAUGUUUAUGCAGGGCCGGAAUGGGUCCUCAACCAUCGGGCAACUGCGGGCCUCAAUGCACACCAAACUCUGAUUCUCAACCGAACACCAAAUGCAUGGAAACUGACCAAUCAGGAAGCACCACGACUGUGCUGUGUACGCCCUCGAGCGCUACUGACUGUAAAUGCUCGCCUGGCUAUGGGGUGUCACACGAAAACGGAUAUAACAGGUGUGUCGCAGGGUGCACUUCAACUAAUACCGCACACGAUGAAAUAAACGUGAACAGUUUGUACGCCGAUGAGGAUAAGUGCACGUGUGUAGUGUCAACUGACAUCAACAGCUGCUCUUGCUUGGCCGGAUUCAUUUUGGACCCAGUCACAGGCCUCUGUUCAAAAAAUUGUCAUUAUGCAGCUGACGAGUGUGUGAAUACCGACUCAAGUGGGGUUCGAACACAGGACCACUGUACUGAGGCCAACUUCAAUGCCGGCAACUGUCUCUGCGAACUUGGCUACUACCCCCACGUGGACAUCAACAGCAGAGUUGACUGCCAUUCCCUCAUUUCUUCUUCCAACCAGUGUGACCCGAGCAUUUCUCUUACAGGAUGCGUUUGUUUCAACUACCACCGAAUAUCAACUUGCUCCUGUGGAAACAGUUACAUCAUGCAGAAUACCAGUACAUGCAUAGAAGCUGUUUCCUUCAGCUUUGAGUUGACCUAUGAUGGGACAUUUGACGAUGCGCUUUUGGACUCCACCUCCGAUGCUUUCAGGGAGCAGUGCAAUCAACUCAAAACAAAUUUGGCCGAUUAUCUUUUGUCCCACAACAUUUCACCCCUCUCGCUGGACUGCGUGUCUUUUGCCCCUGGCAGCAUCAAGGCCGUUUACACCAUUGUGUUCCCGGUCGAACCGGGCGAGGACAGACCUGAGGUGUUGGAGGACAAAAAGAUAGAAGUACUGGAGGCUCUUUCAACUUCAGCGGCCAGUCAGCAAUUGGCGACAUCGAAUGUUUUUGUGCUCAAUGACGAUGGAUCCAAAUUCCAAAUCCCACAGACCACCCUACCGACAACAACAACCACAACCACAACCACAACCACUCAGCGGCCGACAAGCAACAGCGAUGACGAUGACACUCUAAUGAUGGUGUUGUUGGUGAUGGCUAUAGUGAUAGCAAUUGGGCUGUUUGUGUUGAUUGGGGUGACAGUUCUGCUGCUGAACAGACGUAACCGGAAGGAGAAGGAGGUGCUGACUAGGAUGGAGACCCACUUGGAGAGGAGCAGUACUAUCCAUUCAAACCACAGACUGCCCUCUAAGCAAUCAACAUUCUCGCGCCCAAAUGACUGGCGCACCCACCCAGAAGACCAGUCCAGAAGCCACUCGAUGAAACAACACCAGGUGCAGCCGAUGAACUAUCCAGAUGAGCCAGAUACCAUGUACACUCCAGAGGACAACAUACACUUGAGGACCCACAGGGCGCCAGAUGCUCUUGAUAACGCGGACCAAUUUUCAGAACGUUAUCUCUAACACUCUACCUCUACAAUGACAGCUGCUGUAAACUCUCAGUUUCUUUUCUAAUCAUCUCUGCCAUACAAAUCAAGAUAGAUAAUUUGGAA